AUGGAGAAAGCCGAUCUCGAUGAUCCUCCACCCUACGGAACGUCUGAAAACGACGGUCAGCAGAAUCCAGGUGGACAACAGUAUCCAGAAGGCCAGCAACAAAAUCCAGCAGAUCAGCAGUAUGGCCAAUCAUAUCCCAUCCAGCAGCCAUACGAGGUCCGUGCAGGCCAGCAACAAUAUGUGGGUCAACCGUAUGGAGGGCAAAACAUGUCCCCUGUGAUUGUGACCCAGCCUGGGUACCCGGAGGUGGUGACCACCAUGCCGCGACCCCCUGACUACAUGGGGCCUUCCGUUUUUGCCUGCCUUUGCUGCUUCUGGCCAACAGGAAUAUGCGCCAUCUAUUAUGCAUCUCAGGCGAACACUGCUGCUGCUUCUGGUGACAUGGCGAUGGCCAAGCAAUACUCCAACAACGCCAGGAACUUGAUGAUCACGAGCAUAGUUCUUGGCAUCAUCUGCAUCAUCCUGACGAUUGUUCUGCGUGCCGUUAUCGGUAUAAAACACACCUACAAAUCGUAUUAGACGUGCAGAGGGGAGAGAGAGAAAGGAGUCAAAGAGAA